AUGUAUGGAAACUUCAUGGACAAUCUAAGACUCUUGCAAAAAGGAGGAGCUGGUGGAAUGGGUUAUCCUCGAUUAGGUGGAGAAGGAGGCAAAGGUGGUGAUGUCUGGCUAGUAGCCAAAAAAAGAAUGAGCUUAAAAAAAAUAAAAGAUAAAUAUCCAGAAAGGUUUGUGGCAGGAGAAGGAGCAAAUAGUCGAAUCAGUGCAUUAAAGGGAGACAAAGGCCUGGAUUAUGAAAUAUCUGUGCCUGUAGGCAUUACAGUAACCGAUGAGAGAGGCCAAAUCAUAGGAGAACUCAAUAAAGAGGAUGACAGAAUUUUAAUAGCACAAGGAGGACUUGGGGGUAAUUUGCUUUCAAAUUUCCUGCCAUCCAAGGGCCAAAAAAGAAUAAUUCACCUUGACCUAAAGCUUAUAGCUGAUGUAGGCCUUGUAGGAUUUCCAAAUGCUGGAAAAUCCUCUUUACUAAGUAAAAUUUCCCAUGCAAAACCCGAGAUUGCAGAUUAUGCAUUUACAACAAUAAAACCUCAGUUGGGAAAGAUUAUUUAUAAGGAUUUCAAACAAGUAUCUGUAGCUGAUCUUCCAGGUUUAAUUGAAGGAGCACAUAUGAACAAAGGAAUGGGACACAAGUUCCUCAAGCACAUAGAAAGAACCAAACAGCUUCUUUUUGUUGUUGAUGUCUCUGGGUUUCAGCUUUCUUCAAAAACAAAAUUCAGAUCUGCCUUUGAAACGGUAAUAUUACUUACAAAGGAGCUGGAGCUAUACAAAGAAAACCUCAUGAUGAAACCUUCACUACUUGCCGUUAAUAAGAUGGAUUUACCAGAUGCUAAAGAUAAAUUCAGUGAACUUGUGAACCAGCUACAGAAUCCUAAAGAUUUUUCGGAUCUCUUUGAAAAAGAAGAAAUUCCAGCAAAAACUGUGGAGUUCCAAGAUAUCAUCCCAAUAUCUGCACAAACAGGAGAAGGAAUUGAAGAAUUAAAGAAUUGUCUAAGAAUAUCUCUAGAUGAACAAUCCAAUCAGGAAAAUGAACAUUUCUAUAAAAAACAGUUGCUUAAUUUACAAAAUUCAAAAUUAUCAUUUAUUGGUCCAUAAUGCUCUGGAAGAAAAUAAUGGAAUGUCAUUAAAAUGUUAUUAAUGCUAUUAAACUAGAUGACUUUGAAGAUUCCCACUCUGUAUGUGAUCUGGUGAUAUUGAUUGUUUUUAUGGAUGCACAUGAAAGGAUCUUUCUUUUGUUCUUUUCACAAGUGAUCUUGAAGAAUCUUGCCUUUUAUAGGGGGUGGGGAGAAGUCAGCAAUUUGGAGGGACAAGAAAUAAAUUAAGCAUUUACUUCCUAAGGUGGUGUUCAAGAAAUGUGACAAGAAACGAAAUGUACAGUCUUUCAGAAAAUGUUAAAGUGCCUGUUCCAUGCCACUAGGAGGUACUACUAGUAGUGUGUCUCCAGAUUGUAAAAACGUUUAAAAUAUUUUUUUUUAUCAAGAGUGUUCUUAGUGUUUUUAAUAUGUUAUUAGGGUCAUCAGAACAGUUCUUAACCUGGGGUCCACAAACUGGUUGUAAAUAUUUUAUUCACUGUGUUUAUUAUAAUUUCUUUCCUUUGUUAUUCUGUACAUUUUAUGCACUUAAAAGCACUAUUCUGAGAAGGGCUUCAUAGGCUUUACCAGACUGCCAAGGGGUUCCAUGACACUAAAGUUAAGAAAUUCUGUUCUGGCCUGUUAUGCACUCCAUAAUAGGGUUUUGAUGUUCCUUAUCUUUGACAACUUUUAUAAAUCUGAAAUUGGACCUUUAAAAUCAUUAUUGCUAAAUUUGUAUAACAGUAAAAAAUACCAGAUGAAGUGGAAGAGAAUUUUCCUAAAACCUGUUUUCUCAAUGAAAUAGAAUAGGGAUAGAGUUUAUGCCUGGGAUUUCAGUACUUAGGGGAAUUUAACUGUUAGGAAAACUCUCUUAAUGCAAAUCACUGCCUGAUCUACUCCUAAUCUUAGUAUCUUGCUCCUAGCUAGGGGCCAGGGUGUGGGGCCCCUGCUUGAGUACUGUGUCUUUAGGAAGUGUUGAACAAAAUAACUAGAAAUAUUAUGCAAUGUUGGUCUUGUUAAUUUUCUAAAUAGGUGGCCUGCAGGGAUAGAUCUCUUUCCUUUUUUUCACACUAGUUUGACAUACUAGCCUAAGGCAUUGGGAGGUUAAGGGACCUCAGGGUAUUUAAAAUCAGUAUGUCUCAGACAAGACUUGAACCUGUUUGUUUCUAGCUCAGACUACCUCAUUGCCUCUCAAAACUUUAGUUUUAGGAAUAUAUUUUUGCUUAAUGGUAAUAUUUCUUUUUGCUGCAAAGGAAAUUAUGUAUAUUUGGUGGUGAUGUUGAGUUGUUUCAGGCGUGUCCAACUCUGUGACUUCAUUUGGGGUUUUCUUGGUAAAGACACUGGAGUUGUUUAUAUAUUUAGACAUAGUACUGAUUUCUUGGUUGAGGCUUAGCCUGCAUUGGUAUAUGUUAACUAAUACUAUAAAGAAUUAUCCUUUAACUGGUUUGUUCCAAACACUGACAUACUAUUAAGAGUCACCUUUUCCAUAUUUCUCCUUAAAUGUUGAGACAUAAUUCUUCAAGACUACUUUGGGAAUGAAUGAAUGAAUAAAAAACAUUUUUAUUAGCACUUACUAAGUACAAAGCACUGUGCUAAACAUUGUUGAUACAAAUUAGAAAAGCAAGAGUCCCUGAUCACAAAUGUAAACAUACGAAAUCAUAUACCAGUAGAAAUAAAAUACUGUACAAAUCGUUUUUACAAAUGUACUAGUAGAAGUAAAUUAUUUUGGAACUAAUGGCUCCCGAAGGAGUAGAAAGCCAUCUAUAUAUGUGGCUAUAUGUUGUGAAGCUUCAACCAAGAGAAUGUUGCAUGUAGUAACAGCAGUGUUGUUUGAAGAAUAAUUAUGAAUGACCAACUGAGUACUAAAUACUCAGAUCAACUAUAAAGGAUCUAUGAAGGAAGAUGCCUUCCAUCUCCAUGGAAAGAACUGAUAAAUAGAAAGAGCAUAGUACUUACGUUUUCUAAAUCUGUCAGAGGUUAGUGGCCUUCCCUAGUGUUGGGUGACGAGAGAGGAGGAAACAAUUCAGAACUUAAAAUGUAACCAAAAAAUAAAUUUAAAAAAAAUCUAGAAGUUGAUUUUGAGAGUUUCCCACAAGAACUGAUUAUAUCAUGAUUCUACUUGGAAGUCAAGAGUAUUUGUUUA